AUGUUGACCUGGGUGGUGGUGGCACUUGCGAUAUUGGUCUUGGUUCCAUUGGACCCAGGUGUGAGAGUUGGAGACUUUGAACCGACACCCUACACUGGCAAAGUCAAUCCAAGUCCCAAUUAUAUGAUACAAGAUCACUACUUUCAGUCUGGUGACUUGCAUUGUCAUGGAUGGCUGUAUUUGCCCUUGCCAAACUCUACUGAGGAUGCCAGCAGCAGCAACAACAACAACAACGAGAAGCUACCAGUGGUCAUCAUGGCAAGUGGAUUUGGGGAACAAAAGGACUUUUUUGGAUUUGAUGUUUACGCAGAAGAAUUUGUGUCUCGUGGCUUUGCCGUCUUCCUCUUUGAUUACCGAAAUUUUGGAGCAUCCAAAGGGCACCCUCGCAAUCUGGUGUCGCCCAAGAGACACGUCCAAGAUUGGCAAUCUGCCAUUGACUACAUCACAACAGCCACAAUUAACAAAAGCAACAACAACAACAGCAAUGGUACCAUAACUGUGGAUUCUCAGAGGAUUGGCCUAUGGGGCAUGAGUUUUGGAGGUGGACAUGUCUUGACAGUGGCCAGUCAACGACAGAAUGAUACCAGGAUUGUGGGCGUGGUGGCACAGGCUCCCUUCUUGAAAACUUCGGCAUCCACCAAGAAAAGUUCCAAAAAACGGGGCAAGUUGGGCAAGUUCCGAUUACUCCUCGCGGGUCUUCAGGACGCCGCAAGGGGAUACAUGGGGUUGCCACCUGUCGUGAUACCCAUCUUGGGUAUUAAAGGUCAACUGGCCAUGAUGCCGAGUACUCCCAAAAACUUGGAGGCAUAUCUGGCGCAACAACCCACUUUGAAAUUGGGAGGAUGGAGAAAUCAAGCACCCACACGUGGACUGUUGGAACUCAAGUUCUACUGUCCGAUGGAAUCUGUACGACAAAAUCCACCACGAAUACCUGUUUUCUUGGUUUCUGGCACUCGUGAUGCCGUUUGUCCAUCUCAUGUUAUUGAACAAGUACACCAACUCUUGCCACAAUCUCAAGUCAUCACGCGGAAUGCUUCGCAUCUCGAAAUCAUGGGGCCAGAUCACGCACCACAAGUUGGCCAAAAAAUGGCCAAUUUCUUUGAGGACUGCUUUCGGUAG